AAUCGUCCAUUGACAUAGAAACAAGCUUAGGAAGUCGGGCUGAAGCGUCUGGAGAGCGUGGGAGUUUCCUAGAGUCUUUGUUUCCGUGCAAUAUACACUCAUACUACCUGGUACGACAAGAUGGGUGCAAAUGCCAGUACCCAAGCUCCGGCACCUUCUACAUCGACGGAAGAGUCCAAAUGCCCAGUUGACCACAAGACGAGAGAAAUAUGGUUGCAACAACAUCAAGGAGGCUCUGCCGGUGGGCCUCCUCAUCCACUUCCCCCUUCCGCAGUAAGCAGCAACAAUGGCGCAACGACGAAUGAAGAUAAAUCCAAGCUCCAGCGACAAUUAUCCAACGAUCGCGAAGUGAGCAGCAUUCCUCGAGCAUUCGAUGGUCCGAAUACAUCUACUUCAGACAAUCGACAGACCCCCUCACCAUAUGCAGUAUCCUCAACUGCGUCCCACGCCACACCUUCCAACGCCGAGUCUGAAACAGGCCAUGACGCCGCAACUGGAAACUGGAUAUACCCUUCCGAACGACAAUUCUUCGAUGCGCUAGUACGCAAAAGCAAUGUACCAGGCUCUACACAAUCAGCCAAAGAAUUAGCAACCUCCGUCGCAUCCAUAAUACCCAUUCACAAUGCCGUGAACGAAAAGGCCUGGCAAGAGAUAUUGAAAUGGGAAAAGAGUUCCCCAUCUUCCGAUCCGGGGAGUAGUAAAUGCGGCGGACCGAGAUUAUACGCUUUUCGCGGGUUGGGGACGGAAUCACAGUUUGUCUCUCCGCGUGCUCGACUUAAUGGGUUGAUGGGGUAUCAAUUACCGUUUGAUCGGCAUGAUUGGGUAGUUGAGCGUUGUGGUGGAGAGAGAGUGGAAUACGUGAUUGAUUUUUAUCAGGGGAAGAGUGCACCUCUUAAUCCGCAAGAGUCUUCUGGAGGGAUUAUGGGUGCUACGGGGCCUGGGAAAUUGAGCUUCUAUCUUGACGUACGGCCUAAACUGAAUAGUUAUGAGGGAUGGCGUAUGAGGUUCAAUAGAUAUCUAUGUAUGAUUACUGGUCCUGGAGUUUCUCGACAAGUUAACCUCACUCUCAAUACUCUACCAUCUUUGACUGGCGUAACCGAGAAUAAUAAAUAGAUAUCUUUCCAAGGUUCUUAUCUCUGGAAACUAUUAGUAUCCAGCAAAUCCAUUCUAUGAAGCAUGAAAUUCGGUUGAUUAGUCGGUAAUUUGCACGGCAGCCAGGGCAAAUAAUUUGUUUCCAUUAGCUAGCAACAGCAACGGUGCAGCAAACUUGUUUCUUUCAUCAA